GUAGGUUGUCGUUGCUGCUGUUGUUGUCAGGAUGUUUGAGGCUCGGCUGGUGCAGGGCUCGGUGCUCAAACGGGUUCUGGAAGCCCUGAAGGACCUGAUCACCGAGGCGUGCUGGGAUCUGGGUUCGGGCGGCAUCAGCCUGCAGAGCAUGGACUCGUCUCACGUCUCCCUGGUGCAGCUCACGCUGCGCUCUGAGGGUUUCGACACGUACCGCUGCGAUCGGAACAUCGCUAUGGGCGUCAACCUCAACAGCAUGUCUAAGAUACUGAAGUGUGCUGGAAAUGAAGACAUCAUAACUCUCAGAGCAGAAGACAACGCGGAUACGUUGGCUCUAGUGUUCGAAACACCAAAUCAGGAAAAGGUUUCUGAUUAUGAGAUGAAGCUUAUGGACCUCGAUGUGGAGCAGCUUGGAAUUCCUGAACAAGAAUACAGUUGUGUAGUGAAAAUGCCUUCUGCUGAAUUUGCACGCAUCUGUAGAGACCUCAGCCACAUUGGUGAUGCUGUUGUCAUCUCCUGUGCAAAAGAUGGGGUGAAAUUCUCAGCUAAUGGAGAGUUAGGAAAUGGAAACAUCAAGCUGUCACAGACCAGUAAUGUGGACAAAGAGGAAGAAGCUGUUACAAUAGAAAUGAAUGAGCCAGUCCAGUUGACUUUUGCUCUGAGGUACUUGAAUUUUUUUACCAAAGCCACCCCCCUGUCACCUACAGUAACGCUCAGCAUGUCUGCAGAUGUUCCUCUGGUUGUGGAAUACAAGAUCGCUGAUAUGGGACACUUAAAAUACUACCUGGCUCCAAAGAUUGAAGACCAGCAAGAAGGCUCUUAACUGCACUGGGACUGAGGGGGAGAUCUGCUCAGCUCUUGGAGGCACAACCAGCUUGGAGAAGGAAAUCUGCUGUCCUCCACAUUACUAGAAAUGUCAGUGCGUUGCAACAUCGAAUCCCAGCACUGUUCAGAAUGUUCUGUAGAUAUCUCUGUAAAUAUUUUUCGACUUGCUAUUUUGCUAUACCGAUGUCAUUUGAAAUAGGAACGUGGUUGUUGUUUUUUUCCUAACCUAUGCCUAUACUUGCAGUAAUCUCUUAGAUGCUGUCUUUAGGUCAAGUGCUCCUCUUAACUUGUGUUAAGAGUAAAGAUGGUUCCUAGACUUUUCACCUGUGGAACUGUAGUUGGCUAUAGGGUUGCUGUUUAACGAUGCCACAAGUUUCUUUUCCCCUUACUUGAUUUAUUUUUGAAGCUGGUAUUCUAACUGAAACAUGGAAAUAAAAAAAUAACGACAUGGUUUUUAUCCUA